AUGGAGCGGAUGAAGGGCCGAGGGUUUGGCACAGCAAACGAGACCCAUCGUGGACCCAAUGGAGCCCUAGAAAAGCCGUUUAGCAGACGCGAGAGAGGAAGACAACGGUGUUGGUACAGAGUAAUCGUUAUGAUCCGAGCGGUUGGAGCAAAACGUCAAGUCUCGCAGGCGUACCUUGCGGCGGGCGAAUACGCAGAAAGAUACAACGAAAGAACUUUUCAGCCGCGGAUCUUAUUAUCCAUCUGGACGGCUGGCGGGUGGCCUUCAACGUCAAGCCAGAGAUGGGAUACGAGCUUGCCUACAGAUGAAGAACAACGCAUCAUACGGCCUAUAUCCUGCAAGCCAUACCCAGCGCGCCGUCCGAGCUGCUUCUACUCCGUACGCACCAAGGAUGAAGGAUUCGAUCUUCUGCACAGGAAUUGA